AUGAGUAUAUUUGAAUCGCAAAAUGCUGUUGAGGAGAUGAGAAACAAUAUUGGAAGAUAACAAAAUUUAUCUAAUAUUUAUAAAGAAGUAGGAAGUCCUUCAGAGCAUUCUCUUUAUUUUUCCCCCAGCAACAGUUUAAUGAUGGGAAGCAAGAGUAAAGUUCUAAUUAACAAAUCCAUCGAGAAUGCGACAACUCAGCCAUUGGGACUAACUAGAGUGUGGAAGAGUAAUGGUUUGAUCAUCAUCACAAUGAUCAUGAGAUUCCUAUACACAUUGAAAUUGUAAACAGAAUCGAUGAAAUACAAACUUUUAAAUAAAAGGAUCUUUACGAUUAUUCAGGAUGCCUCAUCAGAUUAUUUAAAUAUUGUACGAUAUCGGAAUAACAAAUAUCAUAUAAAGGGGAGGUCAGAAUUGCAAGUUCAAUAUUCCCUAUUUAAAAAAUAAAUUAGGUCAAUCUUUGAAUAUUAUGGGGGAUUCAUUCCAAUAUUUUAGCCAGAUCAAAGAUUCAUAAUGUAUUAUGAGUUCUGCUUUAUAAUUUCGAUCCUAUUAAACCUAUUCUAUGUACCAAUUAACAUCAGUUUUUUGAAUCAAGAUAUCUCAAUACUUUUUGAUGCAUUCCCAGCAGUGUUAUAAAUCCUAUGGAUUUUGUUUCAAUUUAACCUUUCAUUCUAUGAAGAUCAGAUAAUGAAGAAGAGUAGAAUUGACAUUGCAAGCAACUAUGUGAAAAGCUAUUUUUUAUUAGAUUUGUUAAUAGUUGUGACAACUUAUUUGUAGAUACUUUAUGGAUAUUUCAUCCCAUUGAUCUCAGUGUUUUUGAGGAUUCCUCUCUUGAUUCGUGUACUGGAUUAAUUCGAAUACAAUACAAACUUCAAGGAAAAUCUGGCAGCAGUAUUUGAUUUAAUUAAAUUGAUUGUGAUGUUAAUUUUCAUAAUUCAUUGUUGUGCAUGCAGUUGGCAUUUUCUGGGAGUGUACGAAAUGGAACAUUAUGCGCCUGGAAAGAAUUGGUUAGAGUACUAUAGUAUUAGUCACUAGAGUUGGAUAGAGCAAUACAUAGCUUCCUUAUAUUUCAGUGUAAUCACUACCCUAACAGUGGGAUAUGGUGACCUAACACCUCAAUCUGCCUACGAACAGUUAUUUGUGAUUUUGGUGGCUAUGAGUCUGUGUGGUAUGUUAGGUUACACGAUUUCAAACAUCGGUGAAAUCUAUAGAUCAAUGAAUGAGAAGAAGCAGCAAUACAAAACUUAGAUGAAGGCCAUUGAGUAAAUCAUAAGACAACGCAAGUUGAAUGAUAAGUUAUCCAUCAAAGUUAGAAAAUACUACCAGCAUCUAUUUCAAUAAGAACAACAAGAAAAUUCACUGGGCGAAUAAUUGUUGACUAAAUUGACCAAAAAUCUAGAAGAGGAGGUAAUGAUCGACUCCUAUAAAACCAUUCUGAUGAACUCAUAUCUAUUGAGGCAAUUCAAGGAUUCUACAGUAGAGCAAUUGUGCACAAAAGUUAAAGUCAUCAAAUUACAGCCUGGAGAUGAAGUUGUUAAAACCUAGCAAUUUGCUGAUCAUCUAAUCUUCCUCCUGAGUGGAGAACUUACUUUGUUGGGACACAAUUCAAGACAACCGAUUGUACUUAAAUAACUGACUGGGGGCACUGUCAUUGGAGAACAAGAAUUCACUGAAUAGGGAUACUAUGAUUAUAUAAUUAUAAGUUAAGGAUACAGUAAGAUAGCUGCUAUUUCUAGAGCUUCAUUUUAUGAAAUAUUAUAGUAUGAUAGAUAGGAAUUCGAGAAGAUGUGUAAAAUUAGAGAUUAAUAUAAAUUUAGUGUAAGGAAAAAAAAUGUUAUAGGAAGGACAUGCGAAAUCUGUGGAUGGACUCAUGGGUACUUGCAAUGUCCUAUGACAUUUUAUUAAGUCGACAAAAUGAAAUUGUUGACACAUCACACAUAGAAUGAGGAUUAGGAGAGGAAGUUUUAUAAAGAUUUUAGAAGAUGCAAAAAGUUCAAUACUUUAACAGAAUUGCUUCAAAUUCAAAACGCUUGUCUAGAUUUUAUGAUCAGUCAGAAAUUAGUUGAUGAAAUACCCAAUCAUGAUCAAAAUGAAGAGGGUACCUAAAAAAUGAGAGUCAAUAUCCAGGAUUUGGAAUCCUCUCAUUUCAGUUCCAGCAGGUCCAUUCAGGAAGAUAUCAAGGGGAAUGUCAAUACUAUUAUGAAGUCUCCCACCAACAGUUCCAGAUUCUAACUGAUUUGCAAGUAGAUCGAUUAAUAACGGGAGUAACUUCAACAAUAAACCUUUGCCAGAAAGAACCUCAAGAAACAAUCCUUGAUUGUGGAGCACAAUUUUAAACGAAAGGAAAAGGAAGCCGAUAUCAAAGAAUAUCUUGAUGAAAUUGUGGAGAAAUUGAAUAUACAUCAGAAGGAGAAGGAGAAGUCAAUAGUCACUGCUCAUUCUAAAAUUUCAACCUAUAAUCCUGACUUGGAGUUUGAAGUUAUGUAAUCUUAUAAAUAUUACUUUCCUCAAUUUAAUAUAGACAAUAUACUCGAACGAGUUAACCUAUCUUAUGAAAGGUUUAUGCAAAAAAACAAGAAAAACCCUAUUCGUAUAUUUGUUAAUCGCAGAAAAUUGAAGAGAAAGAUUAUGAUUUCUGAUUGA